CUCCUCCAAAUAAUAAGUAUUUCGUUGGAGGACAGUUUGGUAAAUUUGAUAAGGCAAGUGCUGUUAUAAAUACACCUCUUCCAUGCUCACAUUUCUCAAUUAGCAUUCGAAAGCAAAACCUAAACCUAAUCUGAGUCGCCCUAUCCAUUUCUCAUUAUGCAGAUCUUCGUAAAGACACUAACUGGCAAAACUAUCACCCUUGAGGUGGAAAGCUCUGACACCAUUGACAAUGUCAAGGCUAAGAUCCAAGAUAAAGAGGGUAUCCCGCCAGACCAACAGAGGCUGAUCUUUGCUGGUAAACAGCUGGAGGAUGGCCGCACACUUGCUGAUUACAAUAUUCAGAAGGAGUCUACUCUUCACUUGGUUCUUCGACUACGUGGUGGCAUGCAAAUCUUUGUGAAAACCCUCACUGGCAAGACAAUUACACUGGAGGUUGAGAGUUCAGACACCAUUGACAAUGUCAAGGCUAAGAUUCAGGACAAAGAAGGUAUUCCACCUGAUCAGCAGAGGCUGAUAUUCGCUGGCAAGCAGCUAGAGGAUGGUCGUACACUUGCUGACUAUAAUAUUCAAAAAGAGUCUACCCUUCAUUUGGUGCUCCGCCUCCGUGGUGGCAUGCAAAUCUUUGUAAAAACCCUCACUGGCAAGACAAUCACCCUGGAGGUUGAGAGCUCGGAUACCAUAGACAAUGUCAAGGCCAAGAUUCAGGACAAGGAAGGGAUACCACCAGACCAGCAGAGGCUGAUCUUUGCGGGUAAGCAGCUGGAGGAUGGCCGCACCCUUGCUGACUACAAUAUCCAGAAGGAAUCCACUUUGCACUUGGUGCUCCGCCUUCGUGGUGGGAUGCAAAUCUUUGUGAAAACUCUCACUGGUAAGACAAUCACCCUGGAGGUUGAGAGCUCUGACACUAUUGACAAUGUCAAGGCUAAGAUCCAGGACAAAGAAGGUAUCCCACCUGACCAGCAGAGGCUGAUUUUUGCUGGUAAGCAGCUAGAGGAUGGGCGCACCCUUGCGGACUACAAUAUUCAAAAGGAAUCAACCCUUCAUCUGGUGCUCCGUCUCCGUGGUGGCAUGCAGAUCUUUGUGAAGACCCUUACAGGGAAGACUAUAACCUUGGAGGUGGAGAGUUCAGAUACUGUUGACAAUGUGAAGGCAAAAAUUCAAGACAAGGAAGGCAUCCCACCAGAUCAGCAGAGGUUGAUUUUUGCUGGGAAGCAGCUUGAGGAUGGGAGGACCCUUGCUGAUUACAAUAUCCAGAAGGAAUCUACCCUGCACCUUGUCCUUCGUCUUCGUGGUGGUUUCUGAAGUGUCUGAUUGUGUAUUUUGUGAUUCUGGUUUCUUGACGCAUUCUACUAUUAAUGGCUUUAAAUAAGUUUUUUGAACACUUAAAAUUUGCUAUGUUGAUCAUGUUUCUAUUCUACUUCUAAGUCCUGUAAAUGUGUCACCAUGUGGCCAUUAGUAAUGAAGUUUAUUUGCUUAAAAUAGCCUUUUUGGAA